AAACUGAGAAACAACGUAAAAUAAUUAUAAACAAAAAAAAAUAUAAUAAAAAUUCCUUUUUGUUGUAUUCAAGAGCUAUGAAUUUCAACAACGACACUGCCAAACAAAUUUUGAUAGAUAUUAUACGAACAGUAAAUCAACCGGAAAACUCCAAGAAAUUAUCAGAAGCCAAAGCGUCCGCUGGCAAGGAGAUGCUUCUUAUGAUGCAGCACGUUUUCCCUCUGGUCAUGCAAUUACAAACAGAAGUUAUAAAAUCGUAUGGAUUUCCUGGCAACCGGGAGGGCUUGGUGCAAUUUUCGCAACUGGUCCGGGAGUUGGAAAUUCAAGAUGUGGAAAUAGCCAGACUACGUAGUCAAAUAAGGGCUAUCUACUUACCUCCCAUUGCCAUAAAUACCACAAAUGAUAUAUUAAUAUAGAUUGCUUGUCUUCUACAAAUGAUGAAACGCUAAAAGCUGCCAAUUUUUCAUAAAACUUUAUCGAAUCGGUAUUAUACGAAUUAUCUUUAUUAGAUUGUUAAAUGUGAAAUUAUGCAUUUUUAUACUCGGAACACUUGAAUAAUGUGUGCAUGCAUAAUUACAAUGUACUUCAUAGAUUAUGUGUGUCUUUAUCAAUAAAUUCUCGACUGUUUUUGUAUCGUAAAUUAAAACUUGA